AUGAUGAGGUAAUAUUGGUGUCAGUCAGUUAUUGUGUACCUGUAACAGAUGCGUAUUUAAACGCUUAGAGUAAAUUCCUCUUUAGUCAAAUGUCUCUGACGUUUAUUAAAGCAGCCUUGCAAACAAUGCAUGUCCACCUUUGAUCAUGGUAGGCAUUCGCAGCUGCACAGCUUGCUAAUGUUAACAUGCUUUUCUUUCUAAUGUUAACAUGCUGGUUUUCUCGUUCUUUUGUGCUAGCUUGUUACGCUGCGUUAGCUUCUUUACAUUGAGCUAUACGGCUUCCUAAUGCUAACAUGCUUUUUUAUGUUAGCUUCUUGACAUUGAGCUAUACGGCUUCCUAAUGCUACCAUGCUUUUUUAUGUUAGCUUCUUGACAUUGAGCUAUACGGCUUCCUAAUGCUAACAUGCUUUUUUAUGUUAGCUUCUUUACAUUGAGCUAUACGGCUUCCUAAUGCUAACAUGCUUUUUUAUGUUAGCUUCUUGACAUUGAGCUAUACGGCUUCCUAAUGCUAACAUGCUUUUUUAUGUUAGCUUCUUGACAUUUCUGCUGUUAUACAAUUAGCCUCUCAAGAUGUACAGUUUGUAGAACACAAUCCUAUGUGCAUGCUGAAAUGGAGUCUUAAUUCUAUCUUGGAGUAUGCUUGGAUGCUCCUGGAGCUUAGAGAGUAUGCAAGCUCACUAUAAUCUUGGCACUUCCAUCCUAUUUGAGAAAACUAGAUCGAUGGAAACAGGGACAGUCUGAGUUUCCAUAGGGUUUCGACAUCACAUACAUACUCAGAGGGUCAUCCUUGGCUGUAGAGAAUACCCUUCAAAAUAAGGUUAGAUUUUGUGUGUUUGCUUAUUAGCAAACAUAGCUUAACAAGUAUGUUACACAAAGGGUCCUUAGUAAUGUAAGAUUACCUGACAGGCAUUCAAAUUGUGUUAGAUUCUAUGUAUUUGCUAAAUAAUGUGUUUGUUAGCAAGUAUGCUCAGCAUUACAAAACAAAUCGUUUUUGAUAGAUAGCAGGAGAAGGAGUCUAGCUGUGUGGCCCCUGUUGGUGGGCCCUAAGCAGCUGUGUGAGAGUGCGUGCAUGCGUGUGUGUGUGGUCCCUGAAAGUGCACAACAGUAAGGUAACGACCUGAUCUCUGGGGAGCUCAUUAUUCAGCUCUCAGCUUGGAUACACCACAACAAACAGAAUGUGGGAGAGUUUUUUGUGUGUGGGCAUGUGCCUGUCUGUCUGCGGCGCGCAUGUGUGUGUCUGUUAGUCUGCCUGUGUUUUUAAGAGGGUCCAGGAGGUGCCAGCAGGGGAACUGCGGGUUGGCCCAGCUCCUUGUUUCUGAUUGAUCGCCAGGUGACAGGCUGUGUCAGAGGGCCCAUCGCCAGCCUGUCAUCACCUCACCCAGCACCCCUCACUGGCUGCCAGGGCCCGUCGCUGGGGCAGCUGGAGGCCACCGGGGCCAGCCUGCCUGGCCCCCCUCUCACACUUACUCUCUGUCUUUAUGCUCCUCUUUAUGCAAGCAGGGAUGUGUGUAGGAAUGUGUGUGAGGGGGUCGGAGGGGGUUGUGGGUCAGGUAAGGAAGGGUGGUUGGGUGGGGGGUUGUGUGUGCGUGCAUGCAUGUACACGUGCGUACAGUGCCUUCAGAAAGUAUUCAUACCCCUUGACUUAUUCCACAUUUUGUUGUGUCACAGCCUGAAAUCAAAAUGGAUUCAAUUCAUUUUUUAAAAAUUCUUCAAGCUCUGUCAAGUUGGUUGUUGAUCAUUGCUAGACAGCCAUUUUCAAGUCUUGCCAUAUAUUUUCAAGCCGAUUUAAGUCAGAAGUGUAACUAGGACAUUCAAUGUCAUCUUGGUAAGCUACUCCAGUGUAUAUUUGGCCUUGUGUUUUAGGUUAUUGUCCUGCUGAAAGGUGAAUUUUUCUCCCAGUGUCUGUUGGAAAGCAGAUUGAACCAGGUUUUCCUCUAGGACUUUGCCUGUGCUUAGUUCUAUUCUGUUUAUUUUCAUCUCGAAAAAAAAACUCCCUAGUUUGAUGACAAGCAUACCCAUAACAUGAUGCAGCCAGCACUAUGCUUGAAAAUAUGAAGAGUGGUACUCAGUGAUGUGUUGUGCUGGAUUUUCCCCAAACAUAACACUUUGUAUUCAGGACAUAAAGUUACUUUUUUUAUGUUAUAUUUUAGUGCCUUAUUGCAAACAGGGUGCAUGUUUUGGAAUAUUUUUACAUUUUACAUUCACAUUUUACAUUUUAGUCAUUUAGCAGACGCUCUUAUCCAGAGCGACUUACAGUUAGUGAGUGCAUACAUUUUUCAUACUGUACAAGCUAAUUCUAUCUUGGAGUAUGCUUGGAUGCUCCUUUCAUUUAGGUUAGUAUUGUGUAGUAUCUACAAUGUUGUUGAUCCGUCCACAGCCAUUAAACUGUAACUGUUUUAAAGUCCCCAUUGGCCCCAUGGUGAAAUUCCUGAGCGGUUUCCUUCCUCUCCGGCAACUGAGUUAGGAAGGAUGCCUGUAUCUUUGUAGUGAUUGGGUGUAUUGAUACACCAUCCAAAGUGUAAUUAAUAACUUCACCAUGCGGGACAUUCGAGAUAUUCAAUGUCUGCUUUUUUUGGUAAACCUCCCUGGUCUUUGUGGUUGUAUCUGAGUUCACUGUUUGACUGAGGGACCUUACAGAAAAUUGUAUGUAUGGGGUACAAACACGAGGUAGUCAUUCAAAAAUCAUGUUAAAUAAUUAUUGACUAAAGACAUUUUAGCUUUACAUUUUUUAUUAAUUUGUAAAAUGGGCUAUUGUGUGUAGGCCAGUCACACAAAAUCUCAAUUUAAUCUAUUUUAAAUUCAGGCUGUAAUACAACAAAAUGUGGAAAAAGUCAAUAGGUGUGAAUACUUUCUGAAGACACUUUAGGUUUUAUUAGGUUUUUAAAUGGAUCGCUCCCACAGACAGUGAGUCACGUGGCCGUGGCAUCCCCAAACCAUCACACUUCCACCACCAUGCUUGACCAUUGGUAUAAGGUUCUUAGUGUGGGUAACACAUUUCAGGAGAAGACCCAGAUGCAGACAGUGUCGAAGUAACACAAGUUUAUUACAAAAACAGGGGGCAGGCAAAUGACAGGUCAAGGGCAGGCAGAGGUCAAUAAUCCAGGGUGGUGUGACAAGGUACAGAACGGCAGGCAGGCUCAGGGUUAGGGCAAGUAGAAUGGUCAAAACAGGGAAAACAGGAACUUGAGAAAGACAGGAGCAAGGGGGAAAACGCUGGUAGGCUUGACGAAACAAAAUGAACUGGCAACAGAAAAACAGAGAACACAGGUAUAAAUACACUGGGGAUAAGGGGAAGAUGGGCGACACCUGGAGGGGGGUGGAGACAAUCACAAAGACAGGUGAAACAGAUCAGGGUGUGACAGUACCCCACCCCCCUCUAGGGGCGCCACCUGGCGUCCUACCUGGGCGCAUACCUGGUUGACCGGGGUGCCGGCGUUGAAACUCAGCGAUGAGGCCUGUGUCCAGGAUGUCCCUAGCGGGGACCCAGCACCUCUCCUCCGGGCCAUAACCCUCCCAGUCAAGCAGGUACUGGAAUCCCCUGCCCAAGGUCGAACCUUCAGGAGAUGACUCACCAUGUACGCCGGUUGGCCGUCGAUGAGACGAGGGAGAGGGGUGGGCCUGGAAACAGGAGACAAAGGGCUGUGAGACACGGGUUUGAUCCUAGACACAUGAAAAGUGGGAUGUCUACGUUGGGUACGUGGCAACAGAAGACGAACAGCAGAGUGGCUAAUGAUCUUGGAGAUGGGGCAGAUCCCGGAGGGGCAGAUCUAGGGUGGACAGCCAUACCUUCUGCCCGAGACAAUACCGGGGAGCUGGGGUCAGAUUGUUGUCGAUACCUGGAGGUGGUUUUGAGAAGAGCCGACUGGGCUCUCCUCCAGGUAUGACAACAGCGGCGGACAAACAUCUGGGCCGAGGGUAUGCCGACCUCUUCCUCUUGCUCCGGGAAGAGUGGGGGCUGAUAACCCAGGGAACACUCAAAAGGCGAAAGACCCAUGGUAGAGCAGGGAAGAGUGUUGCGGGCGUAUUCGACCAACACUAGUUGCUGGCUCAAGGUGGUAGGGUUGGCGCAGACCAGGCAGCGCAGAGUCAUCUCCAGGUCUUGGUUGGCUCGCUCCGACUGGCCGUUGGACUGAGGGUGGAAACCAGAGGACAGGCUGGCCGACGACCCAAUGAGUGUGCAGAACGCGUUCCUGAACUGGGACGAGAACUGAAGACCCCGGUCGGAGACCAUGUCCACUGGGAGUCCAUGGAUCCGGAAGACGUGCUGCACCAUGAGCUGGCCCGUCUCUUUGGUGGAGUGUAGCUUGGGGAGAGGAAUGAUGUGGGCGGCUUUGGAAAACCGGUCCACAACAGUCAGGAUGGCGGUGUUGCCAUCAGACGGGGGAAGACCCGUGACAAAGUACAGGGAUAUGUGAGACCAGGGACGGUGAGGAACAGGCAGAGGUUGGAGGAGACCAGCCGGAGAUUGCCUAGGAGUCUUGUUCUGCGCACAGAUCGUGCAGGCGACGAAUGCGGAGACGAAUUGGAACCAUUGUAGGCCACCAAAAGCGUUGUCACACAAAGGCCAGGGUCUGACGGGAGCCCGGGUGGCAGGCAAGCCUGGAGGAGUGGGCCCACUCCAGAACCAAGGGGUGGACAGCGUCAGGAACAAACAUCCGGUUAUCUGCCCCCCCCCCCCCCCGUCGCUAAGCACGAGGUGGGAAGGAUGGUCUCGGAUUCCGGGGAUGUAGCCACGGGGCAAUAGCGGCGUUACAGCGCAUCUGGCUUGACAUUCUCUGAUGCCGGUCGGUAUGAGAGGGAGAAGUUGAACCGGGUGAAAAGCAGGGCCCACCUAGCUUGCCUGGAAUUGAGACGCUUGACGGUGUGGAGAUAUGUGCACCGCCAAGGAUGGUGAAGAACCGCUACCCGCUACCACUCAUCUCCUCUGCCUUCGAGCACAUGUUGUUGGGCAGAGCGGGAGAAGACGAGGAUGUCGUCGUGUUAGACGAAGACGAACCGGUUCAACAUGUCACGGAGAACAUCAUUAAUCAAGGCCUUGAGGAAGACAGGAGCAAGGGGGAACCCGCUGGUAGGCUUGACGAAACAAAACAAACUGGCAACAGAGAAACAGAGAACACAGGUAUAAAUACACUGGGGAUAAUGGGGAAGAUGGGCGACACCUGGAGGGGGGUGGAGACAAUCACAAAGACAGGUCAAACAGAUCAGAGUGUGACAGUGGAAUGCAGUGUUUGGUUUUCGACAGGCAUAAUGGGACCCAUGCCAUCCAUAAAGUGAAACGUUUGACUCAUUUGUCCAUAGAACAUUCUUCCAAGAGUCUUGAUGAUCAUCCAGGUGCUUCCAGAUGCUUUUUGGCAAACUUGAGUCAACAUUUUGGACGAGAUGGGUCCCAUUAUGUCUGGCGAAAACCAAACACUGCAUUCCACAGUAAGAACCUCAUACCAACGGUCAAGCAUGGUGGUUGUAGUGUGAUGGUUUGGGGAUGCUUUGCUGCCUCAGGACCUGGACGACUUGUCUUAAUAGAAGGAACCCUGAAUUCUGCUCUGUAUCUGCCACAACACACAAUCAAGCCUACAUGAAAAUGAUUAAAACGCAACACAUUUUAAGUUUUGGAAUGGCCUAGUCAAAGUCCAGACCUAAUUCCAAUUGAGAUGUUGUGGCAGUACUUGAAAUGAGCAGUUCAUGCUUGAAAACCCACAAAUGUCGCUGACUUAAAGCAGUUCUGCAUGCAAGAAUGGGCCAGAAUUCACCAACAACUACAGGAAGCAUUUGGUUGCAGUCAUUGCAGCUAAAGGUGGCACAACAAGUUAUUGAAUGUAAGGGGGCAAUUACUUUUUUCACACAGGGGAAUUGGGUGUUGUAUAACUUUGUUAAUUAAAUAAAUAAAAUAAGUAUCACUUUUUUUAUUUAUAAACUCAGGUUCCCUUCAUCUAAUAUUAGGUUUUGGUUGAAGAUCUGAUAACAUUCAGUAUCAAAAAUAUGCAAAAAUUGAGAAAAUCAGAAAGGGGGCAAAUACUUUUUCACGGCACUGUACACCGCUCGUGCUUGCUAGGUUUCUCCAGACGCCACCGGUGGAUAUUUGGUGACAUUGUAUUUCAUGUGUUUGACUGCACCCAGUAGGGGCAUACUUAAUGACCAGCUCAUUUGCACAGGCUCCUCUCCUAAUGAUCUAUUAAAGUGCACUUGAAAAAUAAUUAUGGGGCCACUCCCAUUGGGCUUGUCAGGGUACACUGUGGACAGGUGAUGGGAAAACAAUGAAACUGUCACCAGUGCGCAGAUUGUAGUCAAUAAAGGUGUGGUGGAGACUUUAGCUCAAAUGUUCCAAUGUCGUAGCCCUUUACACUUCUACCUUUAUACGGGUUAAAAAUGGCAGAUUUGGAGACUAAUAUGCACAUAAAAUCAACAGUGUAAUGUUGUGUCAGGUGAACUGUUGUCCUCACCUUUAGUCUAAUAAUUUUCCCAUAAUCUCCAAACUGUUCCCUUUUAACUUUUACUAUGGUUAUGCAUAUGCUUUCCAUAUUUCCUCUGUAAGAAACAUUUCAAUUUAGCUGUAUCCAUAUAGGCCAAUUCCACAAGUGUAAAGGGUUAAAGUAAAGCGAAGUGAAUUUGUGUGUGUGUGUGUGUGUAAAAUGUAUCCACUCAAGUCAUUUUUUUGUAUAAGAAGGGUCUGCGCCCAUAUAUUAUGCUAUUUUCAUAAUUAAAUAUUUUGAUUUUAAAUAUUGAAGGUAAUUAAAUGUUUUAAGAUGUGGUGGGUAGUUCCAAUUGUACUGAGAGCUGUGAACAACACCACUAUCCAUGUUGGAUUAAAUGUUCUCAUGAAUUAAUGAAUGAAUAAAUGAAUCUUUCGGGCAUGUUUAUUUUAAUACUCAUUCAUAAAGAAUUAGGCACAGAGAAAACACUGUUUCAUGUUCAACUCAGCCUUCCUUUCAUCAAAUGCUGUGUGUUUCACUCCUCAAUAUCUAUUUAUCUCAAGUUCUCAAUGUCCUGAAUGCACUUGGCAGAAAGUGCAAAAACAAUCUGCCAAGAGUUUGCCUCGAAAACAUCAAAACAUCGGAAGCUAGUAGCGUCAGCUUCAAUUGGGGUGCAGCGAGUCGCCUUAAACUUCAUUUUGUUUUCAGAUUGCUUUUCAUCACCUGGCAUGGACAGAAAGGCACUCAUUUAAAUAAGAUACAGAGACAACAUGGCUAGGAGAGAGUAAAUCAAAAAGAGAUGUGUCACCACUAAACGGGAUGGUGUUGUUGGUCUAGAUGGGAAGACAUAAGACUGCCAGUUUGCAUUGCGGUCUGUAGUUAGUGAUGCUAAAGGAGUUCACCAGGGGCUUUCUCCUGUCCUGUUCUCCCCCAGGGGCUCUGAUGAAAAGACUGGAUGUGUUCCAAAUGGCACUCUAUUCCUUACCGGCCCUGGUCAAAGGUAGUGCAAUACAUAGGGAAUAGGGUGCCAUUUGGGAAGCAGUCACAGUCUCCCUCCAUCACUCCCGUAGUGCCCAUCAUGCCUUCCUCCUAACUCCCAUGACUCUCUGUUCUCUCUAUCUCAAUUUUUCUUCACCUCUCCUUCUUCCUCUCUCACCUCCAUGACACUUUUCUCUCUUUCUCUCUGUCUCUCUUGCAGUCUCCUUCCUUCCUCAAAUCUCUCUCUCACCAUAAUCCAGCACAACAUGUAUCCUUCAUUCCGCCGUGGCCUGCUCACCUUCUCCUACCGUGCUAGUGUUUGUUGUAAGAGCACCAGAGUCUAGUUGGGCUUUGAUCUAGUGCUGCAGAGGAACUCGCUAACACACUACCUUAUCUAAGCCCUGGGAUUUGAAAGGCUACUGCUGGUGUCUUGUGAGGUUAUUGUUCUCAGAGGGAUUCUCUUCCCACUCAACUCACCAGCCCCAACACCCCUUAUUGAGGAUUGGACACAUGCGUGCACGCACGCACACAGACACACACGCACGCACGCACGCACACGCACGCAUGCACACGCAUGCUUGCACACGCACACACACAGACACAGACACAGACACACACACCCCUGCCCUCUAACCCCCUCCUCUCUCCUGCCUUCCACAGUAGAGUAGUCUGUCCUCUGGUCUGAACUGUUCUGAAGCCUGGGCACUACUUCCUCCUCGUCCUCUCCUCUCCUCUCCUCUCCUCUCCUCUCCUCUCCUCUCCUCUCCUCUCCUCUCCUCUCCUCCUCUCCUCUCCUCGCCCUCUCCUCUUCUUCUUUUCCUCUCCUUUUCCUCUCCUCUCCUUUUUCCUCCCCCUCCUCCUCCCUCUUCCUUUUCCUCCUCUCCCUCCUCCUCUCCCUCUCCUCUCCUUUUCCUCUCAUCUGCUCCGCUCCUCUCUCUCCUCUUCCUCUCCUCUCCUCCUCCUCUCCGCUCUCUCCUCUCCUCUCCUCCUCUCCUCUCCUCUCCUCUCCUCUCCUCUUCCUCCUCCUCUCCUCCUCCCGUUUCUCCUCCUCCUCUUCCUCUAUACGUAUCAUAUCUGUCCCCGGGCCCAGCGAGGUGACAGGCGGUGUCACCGUUAUAGACUGUAGAGCUGGCACUGACUGGGCUGAUAUCUCUAUUAACCUUCUGGUGACGUCCUCCCCACUGCUCGGGAGCCACCAGACUGAACUUAGGGACAUCAAAGUAAAAGUUGUUUUUCAUCCAAACACAUUUCCAAGGGCUUGUUCCAGGCUGUACUCAAAUGCCCACGCACGUUUGAAUAUGCACUAAACUAAAGGAACACAUGCACACACACCACAUACAUACACACACCACACACACUCUCUGAAGGAAUUAUGUGGGUUGUGUACAUAUUAGGAAUCUUAAUCAUCCGGAGUAAUAAACUUAACAUAAUGAAACUUCAAGUAAAUCAAUGAAAUUGGGGCUAAACGUAUUAGAUUAGCAUGCGCCCUUUUCCCUGACAUUGAUUAAAUAUUCCAUUCAAUCAGAUAUAUCCACGUAUUGCGGCAAUUAAACGUGAUUUAUGUCAGACAUGUCCAACCCCUUGUCAUAUACAGUGGGGAAAAAAAGUAUUUAGUCAGCCACCAAUUGUGCAAGUUCUCCCACUUAAAAAGAUGAGAGAGGCCUGUAAUUUUCAUCAUAGGUACACGUCAACUAUGACAGACAAAAUGAGAAAAAAAAAUCCAGAAAAUCACAUUGUAGGAUUUUUAAUGAAUUUAUUUGCAAAUUAUGGUGGAAAAUAAGUAUUUGGUCACCUACAAACAAGCAAGAUUUCUGGCUCUCACAGACCUGUAACUUCUUCUUUAAGAGGCUCCUCUGUCCUCCACUUGUUACCUGUAUUAAUGGCACCUGUUUGAACUUGUUAUCAGUAUAAAAGACACCUGUUCACAACCUCAAACAGUCACACUCCAAACUCCACUAUGGCGAAGACCAAAGAGCUGUCAAAGGACACCAGAAACAAAAUUGUAGACCUGCACCAGGCUGGGAAGACUGAAUCUGCAAUAGGUAAGCAGCUUGGUUUGAAGAAAUCAACUGUGGGAGCAAUUAUUAGGAAAUGGAAGACAUACAAGACCACUGAUAAUCUCCCUCGAUCUGGGGCUCCACGCAAGAUCUCACCCCGUGGGGUCAAAAUGAUCACAAGAACGGUGAGCAAAAAUCCCAGAACCACACGGGGGGACCUAGUGAAUGACCUGCAGAGAGCUGGGAGAGCUGGGUAACAAAGCCUACCAUCAGUAACACACUACGCCGCCAGGGCCUCAAAUCCUGCAGUGCAAGACGUGUCCCCCUGCUUAAGCCAGUACAUGUCCAGGCCCGUCUGAAGUUUGCUAGAGUGCAUUUGGAUGAUCCAGAAGAGGAUUGGGAGAAUGUCAUAUGAAACCAAAAUAGAACUUUUUGGUAAAAACUCAACUCGUCGUGUUUGGAGGACAAAGAAUGCUGAGUUGCAUCCAAAGAACACCAUACCUACUGUGAAGCAUGGGGGUGGAAACAUCAUGCUUUGGGGCUGUUUUUCUGCAAAGGGACCAGGACGACUGAUCCGUGUAAAGGAAAGAAUGAAUGGGGCCAUGUAUCGUGAGAUUUUGAGUGAAAACCUCCUUCCGUCAGCAAGGGCAUUGAAGAUGAAACGUGGCUGGGUCUUUCAGCAUGACAAUGAUCCCAAACACACCGCCCGGGCAACGAAGGAGUGGCUUCGUACGAAGCAUUUCAAGGUCCUGGAUUGGCCUAGCCAGUCUCCAGAUCUCAACCCCAUAGAAAAUAUUUGGAGGGAGUUGAAAGUCUGUGUUGCCCAGCGACAGCCCCAAAACAGCACUGCUCUAGAGGAGAUCUGCAUGGAGGAAUGGGCCAAAACAGUGUGUGACAACCUUGUGAAGACUUACAGAAAACAUUUGACCUGUGUCAUUGCCAACAAAGGGUAUAUAACAAACUAUUGAGAAACUUUUGUUAUUGACCAAAUACUUAUUUUUCACCAUAAUUUGCAAAUAAAUUCAUAAAAAAUCCUACAAUGUGAUUUUCUGGAUUUUUUUUCCUCAUUUUGUCUGUCCUAGUUGACUUGUACCUAUGAUGAAAAUUACAGGGCUCUCUCAUCUUUUUAAGUGGGAGAACUUGCACAAUUGGUGGCUGACUAAAUACUUUUUUUCCCCACUGUACAUACCUAAUACCAUCAUACCUUUGACCCUCUGACUCCUCCCUCUGCAGGAAUUCUCUCUGCUGCGAUUGGACGACGUGCCCAGUGAGCGGGUGAACAUUCUGGGCUUUUCCGUCUUCAACCGAACACAUCCCUUCUUCCAGGAUUUCCUCCUCAGCCUCAACCGUUCCUGGCAGGAAAACUGUGACCACGCCCCCUUCGCCGGCACACCGGUGAGACCAGGGUUCAGAUUUAUGUAGAACAGAGAUGAUUGUCUAGCAGCUAGACAAUCAUUUCUGAUCUCCAUAAUAUACUUUAUUUCUAUCAGAAGGUUCUGUAAUGUUGCAGACAGAAAUGUAACAAAUAGACCUGACGAUUCCCAAUCGUACUCUUGCAUGUACAAUUGGAAAUUCAGCUCUAUUAGUUACAUUUCUAUUAGUUACAAUACACCCCAGCUCUUUUCCCAUAUAUACAAUAUAUCCCCACACGUGUGUCUGCGAGACUCAUUACAAGCCAUUAGAUCUUUAAGAAUGUUAAGGCUUGAAGUCUUUCUAUGCCUUUAAUACAGUUGUCUGUGUAGUCGUUAAUUAGUCAAAAAUGUUUAAUUGCCACAUGCUUAUUAAAUGAAUACGUGACUGGUAGUGUAGUACAUAACAUUAACAUAGCAUUCUUCCAUGCAGCAUUUGAACUAUUUUUAACCCAAUUCACCAUACUUGUGUAAACAAGAAGUGUACCAGAGCAUUUGUUUCAUUUGUUUUCUGACAUCAAACAGAGAACAAUGAGUAAUUCAUUAAUUGGGUUUAUUGCAUUUUUAUUUCUUAAUUAAGCCCUCAAGAAAGAUUUUGAAAAAUCAAUGGCUGCUGUUUUUAGAAACCAGCAGUUUUUCUCUAGUUGUUUUUUUCCCCUCUUAAUUAGGAGUUAUCUUUAAUUAAUCACAGGAUGUUUUGUAGUCUAACAGAUAGCGCACUAAGAGCAGGAGAGGGAUAACAGCUCUGAGUCCCUAAUAAAACGAGAGAGAGAGAGAGCGAGAGAGCUACACCUUCUCUCCCUGCCAUUCAUCUGCAGUGUUCCAGGGAGCUCUUUCAUAUCAGGUUUCAUUUUUAAAAACCCCUCUCUCUUAGCUGUACAGUGUAUUGAGGAUUGGUGGAGGGACGGAAGAGAGCGAGGUGAGGAGGAAUGGAGAGAGGGGAGGGGGGGGGGGGACAUUACAGUGACUUGCAACCUAAGUAGACAUGCUGUUCAAUGUUAAAGGAUAUUUCACUCCAAAAUGAACGUUUGUCAGAUAUUUUCAGACCUCAACAUUUGUUUAAUUAUUGAGAUAGGUCCACAUCCCAGGCCAUUUGUUUUGUAGAUCCAGCUAUAUGCCUUAAUACAUAAUAUGGAUCUACACAACCGAUGACGUGAGAUGUGGAUACAUUUUGACAUUAGACUACUUUUGAAGUCUGAAAACAUCUCACCAACUUUGAUUUCGAAGUGACAUCUCCCUUUAAGGUCACAUGGUGCAUAAUCGUGACAUGAUCAGGAAGUUACUGUCAUCAACUUUCCCUCCUGGAAUCCAAAUGACACUGAACCACUAUACACACUCAUUGUUUACUAUGCAUCACAAUCAUCUAAACUCAGCAAAAAAAGAAACAUCCCUUUUUCAGGACCCUGUCUUUCAAAGAUAAUUUGUGAAAAUCCAAAUAACUUCACAGAUCUUCAUUGUAAAGGGUUUAAACAAUGUUUCCCAUGCUUGUUCAAUGAACCAUAAACAAUUAAUGAACAUGCACCUGUGGAACGGUCGUUAAGACACUAAAAGCUUACAGACGGUAGGCAAUUAAGGUCACAGUUAUGAAAACUUAGGACACUAAAGAGGCCUUUCUACUGACUCUGAAAAACACCAAAAGAAAGAUGCCCAGGGUCCCUGCUCAUCUGCGUGAACGUGCCUUAGGCAUGCUGAAAGGAGGCAUGAGGACUGCAGAUGUGGCCAGGGCAAUAAAUUGCAAUGUCCGUACUGUGAGACGCCUAAGACAGCGCUACAGGGAGACAGGACGGACAGCUGAUCGUCCUCGCAGUGGCAGACCACGUGUAACAACACCUGCACAGGAUGGGUACAUCCGAAGAUCACACCUGCGGGACAGGUACAGGAUGGCAACAACAACUGCCCGAGUUACACCAGGAAUGCACAAUCCCUCUAUCAGUGUAAGACUGUCCGCAAUAGGCUGAGAGAGGCUGGACUGAGGGCUUUUGGCCUGUUGUAAGGCAGGUCCUCACGAGACAUCACCGGCAACAAUGUCACCUAUGGGCACAAACCCACCGUCACUGGACCAGACAGGACUGACAAAAAGUGCUCUUCACUGACGAGUCGCGGUUUUGUCUCACCAGGGGUGAUGGUCGGAUUCGCGUUUAUCGUCGAAGGAAUGAGCGUUACACCGAGGCCUGUACUCUGGAGCAGUAUCGAUUUGGAAGUGGAGGGUCCGUCAUUGUCUGGGGCGGUGUGUCACAGCAUCAUCGGACUGAGCUUGUUGUCAUUGCAGGAAAUCUCAACGCUGUGCGUUACAGGGAAGACAUCCUCCUCCCUCAUGUGGUACCCUUCCUGCAGGCUCAUCCUGACAUGACCCUCCAGCAUGACAAUGCCACCACGCACAGAACGAGUAGUAUGGCUGAUUUCCUGCAAGACAGGAAUUUCAGUGUUCUGCCAUGGCCAGCGAAGAGCCCGGAUCUCAAUCCCAUUGAGCACGUCUGGGACCUGUUGGAUCGGAGGGUGAGAGCUAGGGCCAUUCCCCCCAGAAAUGUCUGGGAACUUGCAGGUGCCUUGGUGGAAGAGCGGGGUAACAUCUCACAGCAAGAACAGGCAAAUCUGGUCCAUGAGGAGGAGAUGCACUGCAUUUACAUUUUAGUUAUUUAGCAGACGCUCUUAUCCAGAGCAACUUACAGGAGCAAUUAGGGUUAAGUGCCUUGCUCAAGGGCACAUCAACAGAUUUUUCACCUAGUCGGCUCGGGGAUUAGAACCAGCGACCUUUCGGUUACUGGCACUAUGCUCUUAACCACUAAACUACCGGCCGCCCACUGCAGUACUUAAUGCAGCUGGUGGCCACACCAGAUACUGACUGUUACUUUUGAUUUUGACCCCCCCUUUGUUCAGGGACACAUUAUUCAAUUUAUGUUAGUCACAUGUCUGUGGAACUUGUUCAGUUUAUGUCUCAGUUGUUGAAUCUUGUUAUGUUCAUACAAAUAUUUACACCUGUUAAGUUUGCUGAAAAUAAACACAGUUGACAGUGAGAGGACGUUUCUUUUUUUGCUGAGUUUACAUAGUCCCAUAUCAAUAUGCACAACAGAUCAGGGCCAUCAAGGCCUUAUUGCUUUAUUAUACAGACAUAAAACAGUGAAAUACUCCCUCUCUCCCGUGUAUAAUCUAUGCCAUCAUGCAUUUUAAUUGUCUUUACACGUAUGGGGCCUGUAUGUAAACAGUCUACAGGACAAAUGCCCUUUCCUGCACUUCCGCCUCCACUCUGACGAAUGUGUGGUAAUUGGAAUGGCCAGGGCUUGCCAGCUCCAGUAGGGGUGAAAGUGGUGGGGCUUUUUUUUUCUGUCAGCACAUCAGAGGAUCCUAACGAUCUAAUGGAAUAUCUGACUGCUGCAUGGAUGGCAUUCUGGGGCUCGCUUGUUUUAACCCAUCACUGACCAACCAGAGCGGGCCCCAGGCGUCAGGGAGGAUGAAAGAUUGAUGUGUGUUUGUGACAGCAUAUCUUCCUUCCCUCCCUUCUCCUUUCUUUCUUUCUUUCUUUCUUUCUUUCUUUCUUUCUUUCUUUCUUUCUUUCUUUCUUUCUUUCUUUCUUCUUUCUUCUUUCUUUCUUUCUUUCUUUCUUUCUUUCUUUCUUUUUCUUUUUUCAUCUCUCUCUCUCUCCCUCUCUCCCUCUCUCCCUCUCUCUCUCAGCUCUCGUCAGCGCUGCUGUUUGACGCAGUGUACGCGGUGGUUGCGGCGGUCCAGGAGCUCAACCGUAGCCAGAACGUGGGCGCCACGCAGCUCUCCUGCAAGUCCUCCAAGAUCUGGGAGCAUGGCACCAGCCUCAUGAACUACCUGAGGAUGGUAAGGGCGCCCCACUCUGGAUAGGAGGGGAAUGGCAUGCUGUUGUUGGUCGUGUUUAAGAUUAAGAUUAGAUUAAGAUUAGAUUCAUAUUUUGUAGAGCUAAAUUAGACUGUAGUGCACACUGUGAUAUACAGUAUGCUCCCAAGUGUGUUAGUUAACGUUAUACUAGAAGCCAUUGGGUGUGCGUAUUCAGCCAGCAGAUCCCUGUCCCCUAACCCUUACCUUACUGUUUGAUCUACCAGCUGAAUAUAUUUACAUUUAUGUAUUUAUAUUUAUAUAUAAAUCCUCUAGCCCUUCUCUUACCACUGGUCAUACAGUCAAUCAUAUUGUCACAUUAACUUGGGUCACUGCUAGCCUGGUCCCAGAUCUGUAUGUGCUGUCAUUGAUACACCUAAGACCAUAGGAGUUAUCAAGACAGUACAAACAGCUCUGGGAUCAGGCUAGGUCACUGCCCCUAUUUCUUUAUUAGUAGGCUACAGCAGGGAGAAGGGGGGCAGGGAUGGAAUUAGAGACUGGUUGACUGGCUGUCAUACUGUAAUGCUCAUAGUCCCUUAUUAGGAACAAAUGGCCUGUGAGUGAGAUAUCAAGACACUAGAGUGUGACAUGUAUUGGAUUUCAGACCGGUUUUUUUCAUGUGAAAAUUAGUCGUGUUGACAUAUAGAUGUUAUACCACCAUCACUUUGUCAUCACAUAAUCAUUUUGUUUGAGACACCCUCGUAUCGAUCAUACUGCUGGUUUCUCAGUAUCGGAUGAUGGGGUGGGUUGAGGUUUUGUCGCCGCAUAAUUGUCAGCCUGCUUUCCAUCUGGAUAAUUGAAUCGAAACUCAAAUCCAUUGAAUGAUUUCAGUUAGUCAAUAAGGAACUAAAGCCUUACCGAACCCAGCCAUGCAUGUGACAUUACUGACAUACCUGGGUUCAAACAGUAUUUGUUAUCUUUCAAAUACUUGGGAGCAUCGGAUUGAGCCUUGCAUGCAGUUCCAGAUCGGCAGGGUUUGCAGUUUACCCUUUUGGAACUCCUCCAUUAGUUCUGUCAAGCAAGGCAAGCUCAAUCCAGAGCAGCUGAAUGAUUUGAAAGCCAACUAAUACUAUUUGAACCCAGAUUAUUGACACCAAAAACAACGGUUGCAGACCAAGUGAAACGCCUUAAUAACAUGAGAGCUUUUCUCUCUUGUUCUCUCUCUCUCUGGGAUAGGUAGAAUUGGAAGGACUAACAGGCCACAUUGAAUUCAACAGCAAAGGCCAGCGGUCCAACUACGCCCUGCGGAUCAUGCAGAACAGUAGAGACGGCCUAAGGCAG